AUGAACUGUACUUUACGGUUGCCGUUACCUCAUCACAUUCCCCGAACUCGAACAACGUCGUCCUGUAAGCCGAAACGACGGCGUGUGGAGCACUUGCGGUGCUGUGCUCAGUCAGAUGAUAAGAAGAGAGUUGAAGGAGUAGUUUCGAUUGUGGUUGAGAGAUACGGAAAUGGAACUUCGAAGAGAUAUUUGCUAAAUGAUGAUGACGACUCGCCUUUACAAGGCUUUCUAGAGGAGCGUGAGCCCAAGCCUGACAACAAGUCUCAUUCCUCAGAAACGAGUAAUACGCUUUGGCUUCCUGAUGUUGUCAAGGAUUUUGUUUUUCCCACCGGCUUUCCUGGGUCAGUUUCAGAUGAUUACUUGGACUACAUGCUCUGGCAGUUCCCUACUAAUGUUACCGGCUGGAUGUGCAAUGUCUUAGUCACCUCUAGUCUUCUCAAGGCAGUUGGCGUUGGCUCUUUCUCUGGAACUUCUCCUGCCGCUACUGCUGCUGCUUCUGCUGCCGCCAUCAGAUGGGUGUCCAAGGAUGGUAUUGGAGCUCUUGGCCGCCUUCUUAUUGGUGGACGUUUUGGUAGUCUAUUUGACGAUGAUCCUAAGCAAUGGCGCAUGUAUGCAGAUUUUAUUGGCAGUGCUGGAAGCUUCUUUGAUCUGGCGACGCAACUAUAUCCAACCCAGUUCCUACUAUUAGCAUCGACGGGAAAUCUUGCAAAGGCCGUGGCUAGAGGAUUGCGAGACCCUUCAUUCAGGGUCAUACAGAAUCAUUUUGCUAUCUCAGGAAAUCUUGGAGAGGUAGCAGCCAAGGAGGAAGUGUGGGAAGUUGCUGCGCAGCUGAUUGGUCUUGGUCUAGGCAUUCUUAUCAUUGACACACCAGGCCUUGUAAAGUCAUUUCCCUUUGUGUCACUUACAUGGACGAGCAUAAGACUUGUUCAUCUAUGGCUACGUUACCAGUCGCUUGCAGUCCUACGAUUUAACACAAUAAAUCUAAAGCGUGCUCGUAUCCUAGUACAGUCUCAUGUUGUGCACUCUGUUGUACCAGGGUAUGUUGACUGCAACAAGCGAGAAAACAUUUUGGUAUGGCAGAGAUUUAUGAAACCUCGGAUCAUCUUUGGUGUUUCUCUCGAAGACGUAUCUGGUUUGGAGAAGUCUGUUUUAAAGGUUAAAGCACUCCUUAAGAUAUACGCAAAGGAGAAAUAUAUUCUCACGUUGAAUAAGUUGGACGAGGAUACCGAGUUUUCUGUAUCUUUUAAGGUGAAUGCCACAAGCAGAGACGUGUUGAGAUGUCUUUGGCAAGCAUAUUGGUUAUACGAGAACAUGGAAGAAAGCUUGAAAAACAAGGAUAGUGUGUUCAAUUGGCUGAAGCAAAGCUUGUCGGAAAUGGACAACAAGUUUGAUGAUUUCUUGUUCAAAUUGGAUACUGCUGGAUGGAAUUUAAGUGAAUCUAACUUGAAGAUUCCCAACCACAUCCUCAUCGACCAGGAGGAGUCCAUCCCUUUCUGA